AUGGCUGAUUGGAAAACUUCUUACAGCGCCCCGACCUCUUCGUACCACGCUUACGCCUACGGUCUCCUGUACCCGGACCACCAGGCAAGCCACGGGAACUACUGGGGUCCCCCCGGCGGUGGCGUUGUGGUGGACGGCGGGCAGCACCCGGGCUCCGUGGUGCAGACUGUCCUGAACUUCAGCGCCCAGCCCGGGACACGAACCCCACAGCCGGAGCUGUCGCCGGCGUAUACCGGCCAGAAAGAAAGCGGCGACCCCGCUGAUAAAGAACCGCAAAGUCCGGCAUCUAAUGGACAUCCGUAUUUUCUAGAGUCCUGGUGCUCAAACGGCCCCGACGCGCCCCGGUCCGUCCAGGGCUUGGAAGAGUCGGACUGCAGCGGCAGCUCCCUCGAUGCCGAGCCGCUGUCCGCCUCCCUCCAGGACCGCGAAGAGCCUCGGGAAACUGCGCGGCGGCUGCCGGAGGGGGAGCUCCACAGCCCGGCGGAGGCGGCGGCGGCGGACGCGGCUUCGGACGAACCGAAAACCAAGAAGGCCAAACCGCGCACCGCUUUUUCCCAGGAUCAGAUGCAGGCUCUGCAGCAACGCUUCCAGGUGCAAAGGUACCUGACCCCGGUGGAGAUGAAGACGUUCGCUGGGAUGAUAGGCCUCACAUACAAACAGGUGAAGACCUGGUUUCAGAAUCGGAGAAUGAAGUUUAAGAGGCACCAGAAAGACUCAAGCUGGGUGUCGGAGAGGUACCCCAACAUCUCCGCUAACGCGCCGCUGUCAAAAUGGCCUUACUCUAAUCUUCCCACCGACGCUGCCAUCCCUUCAGAAUACUACACCCAGCAAGGGGGGCUAAUUCCCGGGGAACCUCAGUACCAGUCGCUCCCACACCCACCCUCGGACUACCCCAAACACAGCCCCUCUGGGUCCAUACCCCUGUACGCCUCCCAGCACCCCUACCAGACCCCCAUCUCCCCGCGGGACGAGGAAGGGGCUGAUGAGUACUCCCCUGACCCCCCUUCCUCCCCUGCCAGCUGCACAGCCAACCCUGCUGCUCCACCCCAUCACAGGACAGUCAGCAGCAGCAGUGAAGAAGGCUGGGCCACGCUGCCCUCUGGUGGCCACGGAGGGUCGUUGCGGUUUGAUUAUUCCCAGCAGCUUCAGCCUCCACCUCUCUAUCUGCCGCUGGAGCAGGUAACGGCGACAUCUGGUGGCCAUUUGAGGAAUCACUAUUCUGGAUACCAUCACCACCACCAGCAGCAGCAAGACGUACCACAGGCAGCAGCCAGCUUUAGUCAUUACGGACUUGAGCAAAUGCUUCAUAGGAGAAAUAACAGCAUCUCUUAAUAUAAAGACUCUCCCUCGCACACGGUUACUAUUUAAUAUUUUUUUCAUUGUUGGCAUUGUGCAAUUCAACAUUUUUUAAUUGAAGAAAUUAUUUUUGAAGUUGCAAAAAAAGAUACUGCUUGUGUUUUUUUUUAGUUUUUAUAUAUUCAAAUGUCCCUUGUUUUUUAAAGACCAGAAGGGCUGUAAGCAUGCUCUCUCCCUCCUCCAACUGUCGGUGUUUUAAACUGCAGUUCCCAGCAUGCUUUGAGUGAGGGGGGGGUGAUGGGAGCUGUAGUUUUACUGCAGUGUGGUUAUAGGGGGUUGUUUAGCAGUGGCCAGGUUUGGAAUACUACAACUCCCAGCAGUUUUGGUAAAGGAUUGUGGGAGUUGUAGUUUUUGGGGUGUACUGGCAGUUAUUCUAAAGGUUUUGCUGUGAUAUGGG